UUGGCAGGUUACCAUAGUAGCAUUAAACUGCGCAGGCGUUUUAGCCGUCUAGCGGUAUGGCGGUGAAAGCUGUCAACAAAAACUUGUGAUUGUUGUAUUAAACAGGAGAAGUGAGAAGAGGAUCUUUGACGUGAUGUACCCUGUGAAGAAAAUAACAAAAGAAGAUACUUGGAGGUCUGAUGACUUAAAAGUGCACAUUGAGGCACACAGUGAGGAGAGCAAAAGAAGAUCUAAACGAGAAGAGGAGCACAGGAAAUACAGGGAUGGAGAAUCUCUGGAUCGCCGUCACAGAGAUCCUGAUCGAGAUGCAAGAAGAGAAAAAGAAAAGCAGAGAGAGCGAGAAAGCACAAGAGAGAAGAGCAAACACAGAGACCCAGACAGGGAUAGAAACCAGGAUGACAAGCUGGAAGACAUCAGGGAGGAUAGAUAUAAAGAGAGAAAGAGAGAGCGAGAGAGAGACAACAGACACAGAGAUGGAGAUGAAGAAGAACAAAGACACAAUCGAGGUGAGAAGGGAAACAGUGAAAGACGAAGGGAUAGAGAAAAGGACAGAUAUAAAGACAGGGACAUAGACAUGUACAAUCAGUGGGACAGAGGUACAAACAGGGAAGGACAAAAAGAUAGAGAUAGAAGGAGAGCUGAGAGAGACAGGGAGCGAAAAAGUGAAACAGAUAGAAGGAAAGAGGAGAGAAGAGAAGGAGAAAAAGAUGAAAGGGAGAGAGACAAAGAAAGAGAGAGGAGAGAAAGACACAGAGCAAGAGAAAGUGAACAGCAUCGACAUGAAUAUGAGGAAAAACAGAGGGAGGGAGAAAUGAGAGAGAGACGCAGUGAUAAAGAACACUCUGGACACAAAGAAAAAGAACACAGAAGAGAUAGAGAAGAUAGAGAGAAGAGAAGAAGGGAUAAAGAAAGUCAUGUGGCACACACAAGUCACUCUCGAGAAGUUGAACAGCAUCACCAGGAGUGGAAAGAGUCAAAGGAUUAUUUCCACGGCAUCAAAGAUGGGAAUAGGGAAAAGGCCAGGGAGAGGGAAGAGAGAGAUAAACGGCGUGAAAAAAGGCACAAAGAGGCUUCAGAAUCCAAGAGGAGUGACAGAGAGCGGAAACAUAAAGAUUCAUCAGGUCAUGACCUGAGUGAAAGGAUAAAUACAGACAAAGAGGAACCUACCAAGAUACCUCAGUUAACAUGGAGGUCUAUUCAAGCUGAAAUGAGUGAUCCAGAGAUCCCUGUGGAGAAUGAAGAAACUGAAGAGAACAAACAAGCAAGCAAAGAUCAUAAUGAUUAUGAGGAGGAUUUUGAGGAUUAUGAAGAAGACUUUGAGGAUGUUGAUGAAGAGGAGGAUGAUAAUGAGGAGGAGAAAGAGGAACAUGACAAAAAACUGAGAGAAGACAAGAGGGAGUUGAGUCCCAAGAGAAGAGAAGAGAUAGAAGCCAUCCAGAGAGCCAUUGAUGAGGAAAAUGAGAGAAUCUACUCUGCAAGAUCAAAGCCCACAACUGCAGAGUCAGCUGUCACCCAGAGAGAAAGGCACUCCGACAGAAGUCGAACACAUGGCAAAAUUAUUGAUUUUGUAUCGGCAAAGCAGCGAGAGGUCAGCCAGAAAGUGGCCAAGAAACAGAAGAAGCGCAGUGAAGAACUUCUGCGUCUGAUUGAUUUAGACUUCUCCAUCACCUUCUCUCUGCUGGACCUGCCUCCGGUCAACGAGUAUGACAUGUACAUCAAGAAUUUUGGAACAGCCAAUACAAAACAGGACGGAAGUGUCCAGUCCCUUGGGCCAGGAUGCGCUGUCUCAUGA